GCGCAGCUGCGCUCGCUCUCUGAUAUUUGCGCUGCUUGUCGGUUGCUGCGCCGUGAAGCGUUUUGCCGCCAUGUUGGCUGCGGGCAGGACCAGAGGCAGUUGGGAAGGCUCGUGCUCGCCUGCCAUCUUAGCCGAGGGCAGCGUCGCCGAGGGAGGGAGAGCGGGUCGAGCCGGGGCUGCGACGAAAUUUCAGGUUGACUCUCAAGAAAUGAAGAUUUGGCCAUCAUGUAUUGGGCUGCAGAAUUGCUUCCAAGCGCUGAGCUUCAGUGUCAAAUACUACUCUAAGCAUAACCAUCUUCAAACAAUAUAUCUUUAUAGUCAAAUAAAACCAAAAAAAUGCCACAUCCUGGAGUGUUCAGGAAAUGCAUGCAGCAGCACUAUGCCACCUGGAAGCAUUCUGCAAUGGAGAUUUUUUUCCUGCAAGCAGGAAGUGACAAAAGUUUCUCGCAAAAGAAAAAAAAAUCCAGCUGUAGUAACAUCAGAGCUUUUGUACAAGGACCUUCUGAGAUCAGAGCAAGAAAACUGGAAUGAAAUUUCAGCAAGAUACAAAUCAAUGACAAAAAGAAUCAAGCAAAAAUUAGAGGGAUUGCAUAACAAGUAUACGUUCAAUUUGAGCAGCCCAAGGAUUAGGUUUGGAGAGAAUGUGUACUUUGAAGAAAAUGGCUGCAUAUUUCUUUCAAAAGCAGAUGAUGUAGAUGAAGCAAAUGUUAACAUUUUAUUCAGGACUGAAGAUACUGGCUUUUCUGAUGCCCGUAUUCAACGGAUCAGAAUUUCGCCAGAUCAGAGGUAUAUGGCUGCCAGCUUAAAAAGUGAAAAUUCUGAAGAGGCAACCUGUGUGAUUAUGAAACUUGAUCCUUUUCCUGUCAUGGAAGAAGUCAUUCCAAAUAUUUUUAGUUUUGAAUGGGCUGCAAGAGAUGUUCUGUUUUACACAAGUCAGAAGAAUCUUAAAUGCCAGGAAGUGUUUAUGACAACUUUCGCUAAUGAGAAACAUACUAAAUUAGUUUACACAGAACAAGAUGCAAGAUUUUUUGUGGACAUAUAUUGCACAAAGGACAGGCGUUUUCUUACUAUCAACAGCAACAGCAAGACAACCUCAGAAGUUUGGCUGGUUGACUGCAGCCAUCCUUUUAAGUCACCUGUUCUCGUACAAGCACGAACAAAAGGAGUCAUUUAUCACAUUGAGCACAGAAAUGAUGAGUUAUAUAUUCUUACUACAUAUGGAGAGCCUGCAGAAUAUAAGUUGAUGAAAGCACCAGUAGCUUCCAGUGGCAUAGAGAACUGGCAGUUAUUUUAUACAUUGGAGGAAAAGACCAAGCUAAUAGACUUGGAGAUGUUCAGUAAUCACUGUAUUAUGUUCCUGCAGCACACUGGUCAUCUGUAUUUAAAUGUGAUUUCUUUUGUUUCUCAUUCAGUUCAGUCAAUUAAGCUGCCUAUGUGGGCCUGUGCAUUUGAAUUGGAAUCUCAUCCUGAACACACCACCAGCACUUGCUAUUUUCAGCUCACCUCCCCAGUACACCCCCCCAAGCGCUUUGCAUAUUCAUUUAAAGAAAAUAAUCUCAUUGAACAAGCUGAGCAAGAGGUACCAAUUAUUAAGAAUUGUCACACUGCACGUUUACUUGCUAAAAGCAAGGAUGAAACUUUGGUGCCAAUUACAGUUUUUCAUAAUAUAAAUUCUAAAGAACUGCACAGGAAACCACUUCUAGUUCAUGUAUAUGGAGCUUAUGGCAUAGAUUUGAACAUGAGCUUUAAAGAAGAGAAGCUGAUGUUAAUUGAAGAGGGUUGGAUAUUAGCAUAUUGCCAUGUUAGGGGCGGAGGAGAGCUAGGCCUUAACUGGCACAAAGAUGGAUGUCAGCACAAUAAACUCAAAGGUCUCCAUGACCUUAAGGCUUGCAUCAUGCUGCUGCAUGAGCUAGGAUUUUCUCAGCCAAAAUAUACAGCACUAGCAGCUGCCAGUGCAGGAGGAGUUCUUGCAGGAGCCCUGUGCAACACUGAUCCGGAACUUAUCAGAGCUGUGGUCUUACAGGCUCCUUUCUUAGAUGUUCUAAAUACAAUGAUGAAAACUCAUCUCCCACUGACAAUGGAAGAACAGGAAGAAUGGGGAAAUCCAUUAGCAGAUGAAGAAUGCAUGAAGUACAUCAAAAGUUAUUGUCCUUACCAGAAUAUUAAGCCACAGCAUUAUCCUUCAGUUUUUAUCACAGCUUAUGAAAAUGAUCAACGAAUACCAUUAACAGGAGUUUUAAGAUAUGUUCAGAAACUUAGGAAGGCUGCAAGAGAUCAUGCCAGCAGAACAGAAAGGAAAGGAAAUUGGAUCCCUAAUAUCAUCUUAGACAUCCGGGCAAACGGCAGUCAUUGCGAUUCAUCUUGGGAGGAUUCACUAAAUGAGGUUGCAAGACACCUUGCUUUUCUGAACAAAGAACUUUAUAAAGAAUAAGGUGCUAUCUGCAACAUUACAUUACAUCGAAUCCUGCAAAUAGCUGAUAUACACACUGACCACCUGAAAAACUUCAGGUCAGAUUUGUAUUUAUACGUAGAGUGGAAACCUCUUUUCUCUUGAAUCCCUGCUUUCUGGGCAUAAGCAGACCAGAAAUUCAAAGACAAAGUUGUGUGUGGCAUUGACUUGUAAACAUACAAACUAAGUUAAUUUCUCCUGCCAGAUAGUGCAGAAACAGCCUUCUGCAUUAACCAAUUAGUUCAGGACAGUUCUGUUCACCAAAGCAAGUAGUGCAGCACAAUACAAGCAGAGCUGUAGUGCAAAACAGUUGGUGCUGAAAACGCGAGAUGUGAAGAGAUGCACUUUGUACAGGCAGCCAUUCCAGUCUAAGAUCUCUGUUCCAAGACAGAAUUUUACACAAGGCAAUAAAACUGAUUCAUAGCUCAGUGACCUCUAAGCAAGGCAAUCUUGCACCAAACAGCUAUGCGUUGUUUAUUAAGACAGAUGCAUAGUGCACAUCUAGUACCAACAAGUGGUACAAACUUCAGUGGUGGAAAACGCAUUAUGUGGCCAUAACAUCCUCAACCAAAACAGACUGCACCAGAUCAAAGCCCUGUCCUUCCUUUGUAUCACAUAAGCCACUAAUGUAGAUGCACCAAAUGCAAAUCAACACAGACGAACAAGGGGGAUGUUCAGCAGAGUUGUUUCAGUUGCUUACUCUCAACCACAACUGAUGUACACACACUUUACCUCCACCCUUCUUUGGGAAGAAGAAAAAUAUGAGAAUGCAAACAUAUUCUAACUCAGCAUAGGAGGGGAAGAAAGAUCCAUUGGAAAUUCAGCCUUGAGAGCAGAAUUAGACAUCCUUAGCCAGUUUUUGUUCUUUUUCAUACUACCUUGGAGGAUAUUCAGAGCUGCUAGGGCUGACAGUGUUAAACCAUUAAGACUUUAACAUAUUAGUCUUACCUCUUUUUACAUAUUUUAACAAAUCUAGGACCACCCCUUUGUAAAACUCACGGUAAAGCUACAAAACUAAAAUACAAAAAAAAAAAAAAAAUACAAAAAAACCCAAACAAACUACCUACCAGGAACUGUAAGGGGCAGCACCCAGGAAGCAACUGUUUUCUUGUCCUCGCACAAAAACGCAGACAAACGGGCUGCUCUAUUAGGACUGGCUUGCUUUUCUUCUCUACAGACUCUAUGGGUGACUCUAGACUGUGAUUUUUGUUCAUACCAUACUUUUUCCUUUUUUCUUUUUUUUUUUUUUUUUUUUUUUUUUUUAAAUCACCAACACAGAUGCAAGAGAGGUAGGUAUCGAAUUUAUUUUCUAGGCUGUUUAUUUUACACACAAAGGAAGUUUGAAAACCCACUGAAAAUUCUAACAUUCCCCUGAAACCAACAUUUUCUAAAUUAAUAUGAGAGCUUGGUUAUUCUACUCUUGCACUUAACAGUUCACGUAGAGUAAAUUGAAGGCACUGGAAUAACAUGCUUUCUCUGCCACAAAACAAUUUUCUUGAAAAGCUUCCAUAGUAUGAACAGGCUUUUCUGUUUUAUAUUCAAGGACCAGGCCUUCUCCCAUUUCAGUUUUAAUUAUUUCAGUAUUGACAGCUUUACCAGCAUUGCUAAUAUUAGUACUUAGUCUUAUAAAAGCUUCAGAUGGGAGGUUAGGAACUAUAGCUUUCAGGUCUAUUGUUGACUCCUGUCCAAAAUUGAGAACCAUCAUAAAGACUCUUUUUAACCCAUCUAAUUCCCUCACAUACACAAAAACAUUACUAUCAUUCCAGAUGUAGCACAUCCACCCACGAUAAAUGGGUAGUUCAUUGUUGCGAAGUGAAGUUAGCUCUCUGUACAAAUUCAGGCUUGAGUUGGACCAAGUCUUCUGAAUCUGCAACAACAUCAUGAAAGCAUUAACAGAGUCAUUUCUUUCUACUGGAUAUAGAAAACACUAUCCACACAGCCUGUUUAGAACAUACCUACUAGAAUUUAGUUUUGACAACUGCAUCUCUUCAACUUUGUCUACUAAUUCCACUGAAAAAGUGUUUGUGGUCAUGCUCUGCCUUGGGAUUUGGGUAGUGACAAAGACAGAAGUAAGGCAGGACAGAAUUUCACUGAUGCUGUUUCUUCCCCCCAAGGUGUCCCUUACAGUAUGUUUAUUUGGCAGAAAGCCACAGUGCUCCCAAAAACUUGAUAUUGAACCUUUCUCACUGAGUGUGAUCUACUGAAGUCACAGUAUUUAUUUCAAAUGUCUGUCUCUGGGUCUGGUCAGCACUGUAGAUCAGUAAAGUGUGUUUGAUCCUCUA